AAUCGCUGGCCGCGUCCUCCUCGCAGUGGCGCGAAAACCUCCUCAGAGUGUCGUCCGCCCGCAGCGAAGCCGCGCGCCGUUCAGCAUCGCUCCCGACAGCUACAGACGAAACCCCGCCAUGGCCACCGACGUCGCAGAUGACCAGGAGAUGAGGGAGGCGCAGCGGGACUACCUGGACUUUUUGGACGACGACCAAGACCAGGGGGUUUACCAGAGCAAAGUCCGGGACAUGAUCGGGGAGAACAAAGCGCGGCUCGUCGUCAACAUCAACGACCUGAGGAGACGCAACGAGGCCCGGGCUGCAAAGCUGAUGAGCAACGCCUUCGAGGAGCUGCAGGCGUUCCAGCGCGCCCUGAAGGAGUUCGUGGCCUCCGUGGACGCCACCUACUCCAAGCAGUACGAGGAGUUCUUCAUCGCCCUGGAGGGCAGCUUCGGGACCAAGCACGUCACCCCCCGGACCCUGACCUCCCGCCUGCUGGGCAGCAUGGUGUGCGUGGAGGGCAUCAUCACCAAGUGUUCCCUGGUGCGUCCCAAAGUGGUGCGCAGCGUCCACUACUGCCCGGCCACCAAGAAGACGAUGGAGAGGAAGUACACCGACAUGACCUCGCUGGACGCCUUUCCUUCCAGCGCCAUCUACCCCACCAAGGACGAGGAGAACAACCCGCUGGAGACGGAGUUCGGCCUCUCCGUCUACAAGGACCACCAGACCAUCACGGUGCAGGAGAUGCCGGAGAAGGCCCCGGCCGGCCAGCUGCCCCGCUCCGUGGACAUCAUCCUGGACAACGACCUGGUGGACGUCGUCAAGCCGGGAGACCGAGUCCAAUCCAUCGGGACGUACCGCUGCCUGCCGGGCAAGAAGGGAGGCUUCACCUCCGGGACGUUCAGGACCAUCAUGAUCGCCUGCCACAUCAAACCCAUGAGCAAGGAGGUGUCCCCCAACUUCUCAGCUGAUGACGUGGCAAAGAUCAGGAAGUUCAGCCAGAACCCCCACUUGGAUGUGUUCGAUCAGCUGGCUCGCUCGCUGGCUCCCAGCAUCCACGGCCACGAGUACAUAAAGAAGGCCAUCCUCUGCAUGCUGCUGGGCGGCGUGGAGAAGGUUCUGGAGAACGGGUCGCGCAUCAGAGGAGACAUCAACAUCCUGCUCAUCGGCGACCCGUCGGUAGCCAAGUCCCAGCUGCUGCGUUACGUGCUUCACACGGCGCCCAGGGCCAUCCCCACCACGGGGCGGGGCUCCUCCGGCGUGGGUCUCACCGCCGCCGUCACCACCGACCAGGAGACGGGCGAGCGCCGUCUGGAGGCGGGGGCCAUGGUGCUGGCCGACCGCGGCGUGGUGUGCAUCGACGAGUUCGACAAGAUGUCCGACAUGGACCGCACGGCCAUCCACGAGGUGAUGGAGCAGGGCCGCGUCACCAUCGCCAAGGCGGGAAUCCACGCCCGCCUCAACGCCCGCUGCUCUGUGCUGGCGGCCGCCAACCCCGUCUACGGGAGGUACGACCAGUACAAGACCCCCAUGGAGAACAUCGGCCUGCAGGACUCCCUGCUGUCCCGCUUCGACCUGGUCUUCAUCGUGCUCGACCAGAUGGACGCCGAGCACGACCGCGAGAUCUCCGACCACGUGCUGAGGAUGCACCGCUACCGCGACCCCCGCGAGCAGGAGGGAGCAGCGAUGGCGUUUGGCGGGACGGUCGACGUCCUGGCUACCGAAGACCCAGACGCGAUCGUGGAGGAGCACGAGGAGCUGCAGAUCUACGAGAAGCACAACAACCUGCUGCACGGGAGCAAGAGGAAGCGGGACAAGAUCGUGAGCAAGGAGUUCAUGAGGAAGUACAUCCACAUCGCGAAGGCGGUGACCCCCGUGCUGACGGAGGAGGCGGCCAAUCACAUCGCGGAGGAGUACUCGAGGCUGAGGAGCCAGGAGCAGAUGGGGGCCGACAUGGCCAGGACGUCCCCGGUGACGGCCCGCACGCUGGAGACGCUGAUCCGCCUGUCCACGGCGCACGCCAAGGCCCGCAUGAGCAAAGCCGUGGAGCGGGAGGACUCCGAGGUGGCCGUGGAGCUGGUGCAGUUUGCCUACUUCAAAAAGGUCCUGGAGAAGGAGAAGAAACGCUCGAGACAAGAGCGGGACUCUGGCUCGGAGGAGGAAGAGGAGGCCUCCAGCCAGACGUCACAGAAAACCACCAAGAGGGGGCGACGUGGUCCUCAGGGCGCUGACGCCUACAGCCCGUACGACUUCAGCGAGGAGCAGGACGUCCCUCAGAUUCAGGCCGGCGCUCAGAAAGCAGCCAAGGGACAGCGGGGGGAGGAGGAGCCUAUGGACACGGCGGCGAAGGCCGGAGACCCCGAGCUCUCCGCUGAGAGGCUGAAGGAGUUCAUGGCGUCCCUGUUCGACGUGUUCCAGUCGGCUCACGCUCAAUCGGUGGAGAUGAAGAAGCUGACGGAGGGCGUCAACAAGGGCCGCGAGCGGCGCUUCACGGAGGCCGAGGUGCGCGGCGCUCUGGCUCGCAUGCAGGAACACAACCAGGUGAUGCUGUCUGGUGACGUGGUCUUCCUCAUCUGAGGGGCUGCCGGUGGUCACGUGGACUCAAGGACACGGGGGACUUGUUUUUGUACCCUGUUUAACCCCUUCGUGUGGCGCCGAUGAGCUCAGUUUGUUCUCCACUAAGCGGAGUACCAACAAACGUGAUGUCGGGAUUUGUAAAUAGUUAAAGUUUUGAUAUUGUAGUUGUGCAUUAAAACAUUAAACAUAAUGAAACACA